UCCAAACAGAUCUGAGUAAUAACCCAUCAUUUAUCUAACCCCGCUCGUCGGCUCUGCAUCUUUACUCUCCGCUGACUCCACACUCGCCUGUCCCCUUACGUCCGUACUCCGUCGACUGUAAGCAUCCCCGUUAUAUUCAGCUCGGCCGUGUUCGAGGCUUUUGAAGCUGUUUCCGGCCAACCACGCACCAGGCGGAGUGUCCUACACGCACACGCGUCCACCAUUGCCCCUGUGUCCGCCACGCCGUUUUCCCAAGUCUGGCGUGUCCGUGGUUCAUAGAUCCCGUGGAAGUGAAUCUCAGCUUAAACCAUACACUUUAGUCAUGUCAUAGAUAUCUCAUUGUCAUGUCGUCUAAAGGCUCAAAAACUAAACCUGACCAUGAAACACGUGCCAGGCGACAAAAGGGCGGCCCUAAGGGGAAUCUUGAAAUCUUAUGUGUACUAAAACACCAUGCUUGAUAUGGUGUCACCUAGGCGACAAGUAGGCGCCACUUAUGCAUCAAGGGGAAGGAGAACACUUUUCAGAUGUGAUUUUCUUUAUCGAAGAUUGAAUGUCAUUGUUUUGGUGUUCAUGGUGGUGCCCAAACCUUUUGUUUUUGCCUAAUCAAUUUUGACCCUGCAACCAGACAAGAAAAGGACUCCUAUGUAGAGAAAAUUAAAACCUAAAGAGAGACGCUGCCGUCAGUUGCUCACCCACUCUGCUCUCCACUGGUCACAUAUGCUGCUCUUCUCUGAUUCUCGCCAGCCCACCUUUUUCUUUCAUCCUUUUUUAAUUCAUGAUUUCCCCCCUCUUCUUUCUUUGUUUUCUUUCUUGAGGCAGCAGUCACAUCAUUUCCUUAUGUUUCUUUUUCUUUCCAUUUCUAGGCAUGAGUUGGAAAUAGUGUCCUCAUAUUUGAGUUUAUUUUCUUUCCUUUCAACUUGCAGAUUUUUUUUACUUUACAAAUUAUUAUUUUAUUUUGUGAUGAUAUUGUAAAAGAAAUCCACCGUUUUCAUGAAUAUAAUUUAUUAAGUAAUUCUAUUAUAUUGUUUAUAAUAAUCAUGGUGAUUAUCAACAACUUAAUCUCAACUAGUUAGGUUUGGUGGCAUUAAAUCUCUAGCGUUAAUUAAUUGUUUAAAUUUUUUAUACACUAAUUCGCGCAACAAAGCACAUCAUAAUGUUUUACAAUAUAUUGUAUGCAAUUACUACAAAAGCCGGCUUGCCGCGUAGACAGUUGUCAGUUGCCUAAGCAGCCCCCUCUUGGCCAUAAGGCAGUCAGCUGGCUCCUCACUCCGCCAAGCCAUUGUGAGACCUAAACACCCUGUCUUAAUGUGCCGCAGUAUUGCAGUAAAAACGGAAACCAUGAAGGAAAAGAAGAAUAAUGUUGGACAUGUGAAAUGAUAUAUUUCAAACGCCCAUAAAUAGUCUGGAUGGUGAUUUCUUUAAGUUAAAGAAACUGUUAUCUUAUGAUACAUGUCCAUUUUUGCUUACUUUUCAUUCUAAUUACCAGGCACUUGAAGCUCCAAGAGAACCUCCACGCCCUAAAACACAUUGGGAUCAUGUUCUUGAGGAGAUGGUAUGGCUGUCAAAGGACUUUGAGUCCGAGAGAAAAUGGAAAUUGGCUCAAGCAAAGAAGGUUGCAACAAGAGCAAGCAAAGGUGCAGACCAGGCAUCAAGAGGAGAAAAAAAAGUGAAGGAAGAAGAGCUACGCUUGAGGAAAGUGGCCCUGAAUAUAUCCAAGGAUGUAAAAAAGUUUUGGAUGAAAAUCGAGAAGCUGGUUCUCUACAAGCAUCAGUUAGAGCUCGAUGAGAAGAAGAAAAAAACACUUGAUAAACAGCUUGAGUUUCUUCUUGGGCAAACUGAGAGGUACUCAACAAUGCUGGCAGAAAACCUAGUUAGCUCACCAACACAGUGCAAGGGGAUUAAAAAAUCCUCUUGUCAGGAAAACAUGCAAAUUCAACAUGGAGAGGGAACUCUAGAUGAUGGAAACAGAAGUGCUGAAGAAAAAUUUGAGUCUCAGUCAGUUGUUCCUGAUAGAGAUGAUGAUUAUGGUUUAAUGUCUGAGGAUGGCUCAGAAGAUGAUGAGCAUACAAUUGAAGAAGAUGAAGCUCUUAUUACUAGGGAAGAAAGAGAAGAAGAACUUGAUGCCCUACAAAAGGAAAUGGAUCUACCUAUUGAGGAGCUUCUAAAACGUUAUGCAAAGGAGCAAGUCUGCAGAGAAAAUAGCCCAGAUGAAGAUGACAAUGUGCCUGAGGUGAUUAGCUCUCCGGAAGAUAAUGCCAAAGAGGUUGGUUUUGCAGUUGGUUCUGAUAUUGAAAGAGACACUUCCUCUCCAACUCCUGGUCGUGGUUGUGUUGAAAGCAAUGGUGUUUUGUCAACUUCUGGUAAUCAUUUGAAAGAACUGGAGCCCAAGUAUAGCAACACACGAAGGAGACUCCAGGGUUCCGGCAAAAUGCAUAUUUUAGAUGAAUUUAAAAACGAGCAGGAUGGUGUUGAUGAUGAUGGUGAUUUUGUUACAGCUUUCGAAGACAGUGAAAGUUAUGUGGAUGACGAGACGACUCUUUUAGAGGAGGAGGAGCUAGCAAAGGCAGAGCCAAAUGGUGCGGAUAAUGAGAUUCUACUUUUGCAAAUGGAGGGUGAAAUUCCUAUAGAUGAACUACUUGCAAGGUAUAAAAAGGACAAUGAGUAUGAUGAUAGUAAGAAUAGUGGCUCUGAAUCUGCAUCCUCAUCGGGUUCUGAGGGAUUAUCUGGUUCAUCAAUGCACGGAAUGUCCAAUCUAAAGUUACUGGAUGAUGAAUCAAGAGUUGUGCAACCCAUUGCAUGCCCUGAUAAAGAAGUGAAUGAAGCUGAUGUUGUGGUUAAUUCUGGUGAAGGGGAAAGUGAGAAUCGACUUGCUGAUGCAGCUGCAGCUGCUAGAUCUGCACAACCAACGGGUAAUACAUUCUCAACAACAAAAGUGCGUACUAAGUUCCCUUUCCUUCUGAAAUAUUCUCUACGUGAGUACCAACACAUUGGGUUGGACUGGCUUGUGACAAUGUACGAGAAGAAGCUAAAUGGGAUCCUAGCAGAUGAAAUGGGUUUGGGGAAGACAAUUAUGACUAUUGCUCUUCUUGCUCACCUCGCCUGUGAUAAAGGAAUAUGGGGUCCUCAUCUCAUUGUUGUCCCAACUAGUGUCAUGCUUAACUGGGAAACUGAAUUUCUCAAGUGGUGUCCUGCUUUUAAAAUACUGACGUAUUUUGGCAGUGCAAAAGAGCGGAAGAUAAAGAGGCAAGGAUGGUUGAAACCAAAUUCUUUCCACGUCUGUGUUACAACUUACAGACUUGUAAUACAAGACUCCAAAAUUUUUAAGCGGAAAAAGUGGAAGUACUUGAUUUUGGACGAAGCCCAUCUUAUUAAGAAUUGGAAAUCACAGAGGUGGCAGACCCUUCUUAAUUUCAACUCAAAACGGCGUAUUCUGUUGACUGGUACUCCGUUACAAAACGAUCUUAUGGAGCUGUGGUCUCUGAUGCAUUUUUUGAUGCCUCACAUUUUUCAGUCUCAUCAAGAAUUCAAGGAUUGGUUUUGCAAUCCCAUAUCUGGUAUAGUUGAGGGGCAAGAAAAGGUGAACAAAGAAGUUGUUGAUCGUCUGCAUAAUGUCCUCCGCCCCUUCCUACUCAGACGAUUGAAAAGAGAUGUGGAGAAACAGCUCCCCCUUAAAUAUGAACAUGUCAUAUAUUGUAGACUCUCAAAGAGACAGCGCAAUCUGUAUGAAGAUUUCAUUGCUAGUGCUGAGACACAAGCAACUCUAGCUAGUUCAAACUUCUUUGGCAUGAUUAGUGUUAUUAUGCAGCUCCGUAAAGUCUGCAAUCAUCCUGAUCUAUUUGAAGGACGCCCUAUUGUAAGCUCUUUUGAUAUGAGUGCCAUUGAUAUCCGCUUGAGUUCUUCUAUCUGCUCAAUGCUUAUGCCCAGACCAUUUUCUGCUGUUAACCUUGUUGGUUUGGGGCUUGUAUUUACUCAUCUGGAUUACUCAAUGACUUCUUGGGAGAGAGAUGACAUUCAAGCUAUUGCUAUGCCACCAGUCUUGUUUGAUGGUCUUGCAAAUCUUGAAGAAACAGGAUCUGGAUUAAACUACGAAAGAAAGUCUCACGGAUCUAGCAUUUUUGCAGAGAUCCAAAGGGAACUUAGGAGGAACAGACUAAAUGAAGCAAAGAAGCAUGCAGAGUCCCUAGCAUGGUGGAAUUCUUUGAAGUGCAAAAGGAGACCGAUUUACUCAACAAAUUUACGUGAUAUAGUGACUAUUAAAUAUCCAGUAAAUGACAUUCACCGUCAAAAUAACAAUCCAUUUACUUGGUCCUCUAAUCUUGCUCAUAUUGUACUGUCACCUAUUUCAAGAUUUCAACGAAUGGUCGAUAUGGUUGAAAGCUUUAUGUUCACAAUCCCUGCAGCACGUGCUCCAGCACCUGUUUGUUGGUGCAGCAAAAGUGGGACAUCUGUGUUCUUUCAUCCAACUUUCAAGCAGAGGUGUUCUGAAGUACUUCUGCCCCUUCUAGCCCCUCUUCGUCCUGCAACUGUCAGAAGACAACUGUACUUUCCUGACAGGCGGCUGAUACAGUUUGACUGUGGUAAGUUGCAACAGCUUUCAGUUCUGCUGAGGCGGUUGAAAUCAGAAGGCCACCGCGCAUUAAUUUUCACCCAAAUGACUAAGAUGCUUGAUGUUUUAGAAAAUUUUAUUAAUUUGUAUGGUUAUACUUACAUGCGCCUGGAUGGUUCCACUCCGCCAGAAGAGAGACAAACCUUGAUGCAACGCUUCAACACAAACCCCAAAAUUUUUCUCUUUAUCCUAUCAACCCGCAGUGGAGGUGUUGGCAUUAAUUUGGUUGGUGCAGAUACUGUUAUAUUUUAUGACAGUGACUGGAAUCCAGCUAUGGACAGCCAGGCUCAGGAUCGUUGCCACAGGAUAGGACAGACGCGUGAAGUACAUAUUUAUCGAUUAAUCAGUGAGAGCACCAUUGAAGAGAAUAUUCUUAAAAAGGCAAAUCAGAAGCGUGCUCUUGAUGAUUUGGUCAUACAGAGUGGUGGCUAUAACACAGAAUUUUUAAAGAAGCUGGAUCCCCUGGAACUGUUUUCGGAUCAUAGAACAUUUCCAUUGAAAAAUGCACAAAAUGGGAAGAUCUCUGAUGGUGCAGAGGUUCCUCUCUCUAAUGCUGAUGUAGAGGCUGCUUUGAAGAAUGCUGAAGAUGAAGCCGAUUAUAUGGCACUGAAGAAAGUUGAACAAGAAGAUGAUCUGGACAAUCAGGAAUUUACCGAAGAAGCAGUUGCGAGGAUUGAGGAUGAUGAAUUUGCUAAUGAUGAAGAGAUGAAGGCUGAUGAGCAUUAUACUGAUGAUAUUAAUAAUAAUAGUAAUAUUAAUAAAGAGCGAGCUGGUAUCUCAAAUGGUGGUGAUCUAAAUGAGGACCGGGCUAUCACAUUGGUUGGUAAAGAUGAAGAUGCUGAUGUGUUGGAUGAUGUAAAACAGAUGGCAGAGGCUGCUGCCGCUGCCGGUGCAGGGCAGGCAAUUUUGUCUUUUGAGAACGAACUACGUCCAAUUGAUAGGUAUGUUGUGCGUUUUCUGGAGUUGUGGGACCCUAUCAUAGAUAAAACUGCAGUGGAGUUGCAAGAUCGUUUUGAAGAAACAGAAUGGGAACUUGAUCACUUAGAAAAGCUAAAGGAGGAUAUGGAAGCUGACAUGGAUGAUGAUGAAGAGCCUUUAGUUUAUGAAAAAUGGGAUGCUGAUUUUGCAACUGAGGCUUACAGACAGCAUGUGGAGACAUUGGCUCAAAUUCAGUUGAGGGAAGAAUUGGAAUCUAAAGCUAGAGAGAAGGAGCUAGCUGAGUAUGAAAAUUCUAUUGGCCAUGAUGUUGUAGCUUCUUCUAAGCCCAAGCUAAAGAAGAAAUCAAAGAAAACAAAGUUCAAAUCUUUGAAGAAAGGUGGCCUAGGUGCUGAAACAAAACCGAUGAAAGAUGAGUCACCUAUUGAAUACAUGUCCACAGAUGAUGAGAUAUAUGAAGAGGUUGUCACCACCCCAGAAAUUGCGUCUGCACGCUCAGUUCAACCUAGGAAGCGUAAACAUGCAUCAUGUGGAGAGGAGUCUACACAAUUGAAGAAGUCAAAAAAAUUCAAGAAGACUUCAGAGGUUUCUCCCCUAUGUCUAGAACUGUCAUUUCCGAUCCAGCAGGAUGAAUCUACUGAUUUAAAACAUCUUGAGAGGAACACAGUCGAUCCUGAAGUUAAGUCAUCAAACAAGAGCAAGAUGGGAGGGAGAAUCACAAUUAACAUGAUGCCAGUAAAGCGCAUUCUUACUUUAAAACCAGAGAAGGUGAGAAAGAAAGGGCUAUCUAAAGAUUACUUUCCUUCUGCUGCUAAAUGGUUGCCACAAGAAGAUGCUAUAUUGUGUGCGGCUGUCCAUGAAUAUGGCCCUCACUGGAGUCUCGUUAGUGAUAUCUUGUAUGGAAUCACCGGUGGUGGAGUUUACACAGGCAGAUUUCGCCAUCCUGUUCAUUGCAAUGAAAGGUUUAGGGAACUCAUACACAGAUACAUUAUUUCUGCCCCUGAAGUUAUAAAUAGUGAUAAAGUCAACAAUAUUUGCACCGGAAAGGGCCUCCUGAAGGUAACCGAGGAAAACCUACAAACAUUGUUAGAUGUGGCCUUGGAACUGCCAGAUCGUGAACCCCUCAUUCAAAGGCAUUUUUUUGCCCUUCUAUCAUCUGCCUGGAGGUCCAGGAAAAGUAGCACGUGCAUCAGAUCAUCUUCACAAAGUGGUUUCAGUCCUUUAAUCUUGAAAUCAAUGGUUGGUCAUUACUAUUCUCAAAAUCCCAUCAGGCCACAGGCUAAAUUGGCAUUUACUAACCUUAGACAGUGUAGCAUGUUAGUAGGAGCUGCACUUACCGAGAACCCCUGUAGACAGACUGAUAAGGCUGUCUCUAUCUCUAAACUGAAGAAGGAAGCCUCUGUUUUUUCAGAGGAGCGGUUGGAUGUUACUCUUGAACUUCAAGCAGAAAAAGAUGAUGACACCUCUAUCCCACGUCUCAUACGGCUUGAAAUACUUGGUCUUGAUUCACCUCCAUCAAAACUGCAUACAGCUGAAGAUAUCUACUUGAAGCCUUCCCAACACACAGCUGAAAAUCGAUUUAGGGAUACAUUAAAGGCUUGCUUUGAAGGCUGUGGGGAUUGCCCAUCACUCACUUUUCCUGCCGUGGAGUCCAAGCCAAAAACACCAUCCAAACCACCAACCGCAGGAAAGAAUAAACUAGCUCAUUCCGAAUCAGCAAGAACUUCAAAAUCAAAAUUAAAAAAGGCUCCAGUCAUGCAUACUGAUCCACGUACAGCUAUUGGGAAAGACCGAAGUCAAAUCUUCCAACCAACCGCAGCAUUAGAAGUCGGAAUACAUCAUCAUGAUUUUGAAAAUAUCUUCACUCUCGACAUGAAUGACAAGGAUGAACUUGAUGUUGAGUGUAUAGAUCUUGUGCCCCACAGUUACAUCCCUGGCUUGUUGUCUGGGCUAGAUGACUGUUCAACUUUCCUUGAAUUCACAGAUAUUGGAUAGUUUAGGAACAUCAUGUUUCUUGAUGAGUCUAAUGUGAGAGUGGCUCGUAAUUAUGGAGAUACAAAAUGGGCAUGUGUUCCCAAACAGCUGGAGUUCGAUUGCAGGUAUGAAGCUGCUUUUAUUUGAGGGUAAUUGUUAACUGUGUAUCGUGCUAACAGUUUUGCAUCAUGGAGAAGGUUGUCAAAGGCAAGGCAAAUUUGAGGCUUGGUAGUACAGAAUUAGGAAGUUAGCUGUUUUGAUAAUAAUAUAUUUAGGCAGAUAGGUUUCUGUAGCUUUUAUUGUUAGAGAGGAAGUGUUGCUUGCAGUUUUUGUUUUUAAUUAUUUUUUUGGCAGUACAGUCCAAUUUCUAUGAGCGUAUGUCCCCACUAACUCUUGGAAAUUAGCUAUACCAUUAGAAAGUAAAUGUGCCCACCACCCUGCCAACGUUCAGAAUUGGGUUCAAAUGUGAAAUCGUUGCACCGCCCGCUAGUAAUGUGGCGUCACCAGAAAUUAGGUGAAUGUGUGAUGUUGCUUGUGCGAAAUCUUGAUUAUGACAUUACGUCUUUGUGAACCUUUGUCUCAAGGUUGUGUCUGCCUGGGAUUUCUCUUCCUAAAGAUGCUUGUAUCAGC